UAUCACUGUGUGUUGUGUGUAAGCAACAAUAUGAUGGUGGACAUAGCUGUAUUUCUUGUAAAAACCCAUGUCACACAUUCUGUGGUGAACCAGUCGGCGAGGAAGGAUUUGGAAAACCUGUAUUAUGCUUUAAUUGCAAAGACAUGAGUAUGUUAAACAGUACUCUUGAAAAUUAGUAUAUAAUACUAUUUUACUAUUUUAUUUAAUACAUGUUUAAUUUAUUACUAACAAGUAACAUGCAAAUAACAUUAGUUACUGCCGUUUAUAGUUAAUGUUUCAAUAAUAUUUGCAUUGUGGUUACAGUAGUGUAAGUAUAUCUGUAAUGGUUACGUUCUGCCACCCCGAGGGCCGAGGCCAGUGAAAUUACCGUAUACCAGUAGCCAAGUAGGCAGUAAUCAGGUGUUAUAACUGUAUAUGUAUAACUUUAGGCCAGCCAAAAAUGCCUCUGCGGAGGAGAGUGGGUUUGCGCUGUUGCAUAUUCCCUGAAUUGAGGCUAUUAAAAUAAACUGCAGUAAAAUAAAUAUAACAUUUUUAUAGACCCAAAUCUUGUUGAUCUUGAGGCCAAUAAGGGAAAUGUUACCUUCACGAAUGUGAAGACAACUAAAGCAAGGAAUAAAUAAAGUGAAACGUAAGUAUUGACGACUACUGGAAUUAUUUUGUUGCUGAAGACAACCCUAAAGCUGUUGAAGCCGUGAAAGCAAACAAAUCAAAAGAUCAAUCAUUGUUGAAAUCAUCAGAUUCAAGUGCAAGUACGUAUACGGCUACGCAUUCAAAGAAAAUUGUUUCAAAAUCAACAGUACACGAGACUGAUGAGAGUAGAAAACCAGAUGACCAAGCUGACCUCAGACCUACCACAAACCGCCCAGAUGAAGUCCCUGCUACUUCACAUGUUUAUAUGGAUACAAGAGAUAAACAAGCUGCAAUUGAAAGUCAAAGGUGCGAGAUUUAAUAGUGAGCAAUUACACUUCUAUUUAUUUAGACUUAGAAGGCAACAUUUUUAGUAUAAUUUGUAUGUGGAAGCAGCCAUAUAUACUCAUAUACGCGUAACGCAUAUGUAUACCUGCAUCUAAAUAAAACGCAGCGUCAGUGAAGUGCCGAAGUCUAGAUAGUUACACUAUAGUAAAAUAUAAGUUGGUGUACUACCAAACAAAAUUAUAGUUUUAUCAGCAGCCUGCAAAGGAGUGAAAAUGAUUCAAACAGUUUCCACUUGCAAUCUGAAAAAUAUUAUUUGUUCCAAAAAUAGCGCUCCAACCGCUCCUGGUGAGUUAACACAUGCAGAGAGUGCUCCAUCUGAAACCACAGCUGAAAAACGAAAAGUAACAAGGUAAGCUGAUGAAGUUUUUUUACUGACAAAAGUGAUGAACAAUUCUAUACUUUCCUGUUGCCCGCAGGCGACAUAUUAUCAUUUGAAUUUCACUGAAACAAACCUACAGUAUUUACAGUCAAACAAAUGGUUUUACAAUUUUAGUAUUUCAGUUGAAGACCAUGAAAACGAUGUUGAUGGGCCGAGUACAAAGCUACCAAAGAUGAGUUCGUCAUUAAACAGUGCUCAGGCGUCCAUCACUAACUUUCUUCUUUCUGAUCUGAGUGCCAUACAAGAAUCGGGUGUAAACCUUUUAAGUAAGAAAAAUUUAGAUUAUAUAGUGGACAGAAUCUCUGCACGCAUAAUAGGAAGUUCCAAGCACUCAAGUCAGUCCAGUGGUUCUGUGUGCACCAACUCACCUUCAUGCACCAACUUGACCUCGUUUUUGGAAUCAGAAUCUCAUGAUUACGAACUAAUUUCGGAGGCGAAGUCCAUGUCAUAAGAUGUAACACUUGCUUCACUUAUAUUAAUGACCCAGUCGCAUUGUCUGAAUUACCGAGAAAACCUUCUGUUGCUCUUGGUACAUCACUAAUAUCCGGUCUUGUAAUUAGCAACGGCGACUACAAAUUAUAUUGCGAUGGUGGAUGCCAAAAGUGGUAUAACUUCAAAAGCAGAUUGCUGAAUCAUAUCAUCGAUGCUUCACAGACCCAUGCCAAUGCCGCGCGACAUGCUAGAAAGAUGAUUCCAGUGAAUGCAAGAAAAUUGAAAGUGAUUCGAAACCAGCUUCGCACUGCCAUCGGAGUGGUUCAAUCAAAAUCUGCAGCCAUUCACUACGAAACAAGAAUUGCGGAGUUGCAUAAUGCUGGCGCUGAUGUAGGAGACUUUGGACAUUCCAGAGUUCUUUUUCCACAGAUGAUCGCUGUAGCAUGCAGUUACAUCAACAGAGAAACGUAACGGUUUUUGUCCACUAAUCUUCCAAGUACUGGUCUGCCCCCGCAUUUUUAUACAACCACUGACAAGUCAACAAACCACCCAGAGUCAAAUCAAGUAACUUUGGCUUGUCCUGUUGUCGAUGGGAAAAGAUGCGGUAUCCCACUUGGUUUGACUCUGGUCUAUUCCUCGUCCGACGGAAGUGGUGGACAUGGUGGGGAAUUGGCUGCAGCUAUAUUUUCUGACCUUAAAUUCCAUGCCAAAGUUGAGGGGUUGAGUCUGAUGUCCAUGCAAGGGAAAGUUACGGACAGUCGAUACGUCAAUGCUCCAUUCGUAGGUGCCAUGAAUGAGCCAAUCUUUGAAGUUCUUCGAGAAAGAUGUGAUAAAGAAGAUCAGAAAAUUCUUUUGCAAGACAUCUGGUGGGAAUGUCAGUGGGACCCAGGUCAUUGGCUGGACAAAGUGUUUUCCAAGUUCCAUGAUUCCGAGUUGAUAACUCGUCUUCUUGGGCGUGUUGCUAUGUUCCAUCAGCUAUUCAGGCAUGGCAAGAUGCAUCCCGUUGCUGAGGUGACAGCAAAAGAAUUGAAGUUACCAUUCCUUGUCACUAAUUCUUAUGCUCCCCAGCAUUUCAUGAGCAGUAGCUAUUUGUCACUAAUGAAUCUUCAGAGAAGCUAUGAAGCUUAUCCUGAAACAUUCAAAGACCACCACAAUAAACCUGAUAUCCUGUACAAGUUGUGUGGCAAUGAUUUUGUUUACGAUUUAUGUGGCUUGAUCGACCUCCUGUGGCCUUUGGUUGUCCUAAUGCUGAAAGCAAGAAUGGUGCCCAGGCUGGAAGUUUGUAGCAUACGUGAAGCGGGUCAAAGCGCAGCUUAA